AUGAAAGCUCAAACGAAGCCGCAAAAGUCAGUGGCAGCAAAACAGCAGAACUCGAUGAGCGAGCUGGACAGAUACUUUGUGAAUGUGUAUGGGAGCAAGAGAUGGUCCGAGCUGAGAGAAGCGCUGGAAAAGCCUACCGAGCAUGUAGCCUGGAUCAACCCCUUCUGCGAUUUUCAAGAGCAGACAGCUAGCCGUCUUCUCGGAGAAGAGAAAAUCUUCGAUGCUUCAGUGUGGAAGCUGGUCAGGUACAGCGACAAAUUUUCUUUCAUGGUGCAGCGAGACGAUGUUCCAUCCGAUAUCAAGGUGAACAUGCCUCCUCCUGCGCCCAUCGGCUUGCGGCAGCUGCACAGCCACUACGUCCUCGACGGCGCCUCGCCGCUCCCCGCCAUUUCCCUGCGGGCGGCUCCAGGGAGUCGAGUCCUGGACAUCUGUGCAGCUCCAGGAGGAAAGUCUCUUGUGAUUGCAGGAGGGCUCUUCGAUGUUGAGACGUCAGGGGCUAAGAGUAUGCUGACGUCCAACGAUCGCUCGCAACCUCGUCGAGACCGUCUGUUGCAAGUGAUGCGGGAGUACAUUCCUGCCGAGCUGAAGUUUCAGGGCAUUCUCUCUGUCACUGGUGUUGACGCCACGUUGUGGGGCCGAAGUCCAGCAACGUGUGGAUGCUUUGACCGCAUUCUCGUCGAUGCUCCCUGCAGCAGCGAACGGCAUAUUGUGCAUGGCUCCAGUGGCAGCUCCUGGACACAUUCUAGAUUGAAACGGGACGCAAAGCUGCAGGGACAAAUACUGCAAUCCGCGAUCAGAGUUCUGAACCCUAACGGUGGUCGACUGGUCUACAGCACGUGCUCCAUCGCUCCAGAGGAAAACGACGAGGUGAUCUCGAAGAUCAUCAAUAAUUCUCGAUUGGCCAAGGGGCUGAAAAUUCUGGAUCCUCUGGUUGAACUACAACACGAGGCCCUUGGCGGUCUGUUACAAGGUGUGGAAAGAACCAAGUACGGUGCUAUUAUGCUGCCGGACAAGAGCAAAUAUGGGCCGUUGUACUGGUGCGUCAUGGAGAAAACCAUCAGCGGCGCUGCCGGCACAGCAUGGCUAGAAUCUGAGUCAGAUUCAGAUUCCGAGAACCAGUCAGGCGAGUCUUCCGAGGGUCAGGAAGAAACCUGA